UCUCCCCCCCGCCUCUCCCGGGCGGAGUGGUUGCCAUGGUAGCGGCGCCACUACCCCCUCCCCCACUCCUAUUUUUCGCGGCGGUGUGGUAACCAUGGCGAUUACUCCCGCUCAGGUUUUCGCGGCACUGUUGUCGGAUCAGGAGACGAGCAAUCGGUGCCGGCCAGAGCGUCGCGGCGCCAAGUCGCCCGUGUCGUCGUCCCCGGCCGGCGAGCGGGAGGUGCAGGUCAGCGCCUCGGCCGAAGUGUCGGCGCCUCCUAACCGGGCUCGGCUCUGCGUGCUGGUGGGCAGCAGGAAGGAGGCGGCAGCGGCGGCCAAGAGCAGCGUCAGCCGGCGGCUCGACUACAUCGUGCAGAGUGUCCGGGGCCACGGCGUGCGGGAAGACAGUAUUACAGUGACUAAGGAUUUUCGGCGAGUUGAAAAUGCCUAUCAGAUGGAAGCAGAGGUCUGUGUUAUAUUCAGUGACUUUGGCAAGAUGGAGAAUUUGUGUAACCUGUUAGUGGAGAAACUGGACAGUUCUGUUAUCGUUGGAUCACCUCAGUUUUAUCACACAACUGAGGCUGUAGAAACUAUCAGACGGCAGGCAUGUCUUCGAGCUGUUGCUAAUUCUCGACGUAAAGCAUUUGAAGUAUGCCGACUACUUGGCCAGACCCUGGGCAGACCUUUGAUUGUUCGGGAAGAAGAAACCAAAGAAAGCGAAGGUCCAACUUCUGAAGCACCAACAGCAGACAAUACAAGGCCAUUGACAAUUCAGCAACAAAUUAGCAAUGCAUCUGUGACUAUUUGUUCCAAAGUGUUUGUGACUUUUGAGCUUAAAUCAAAAGAUAAUCUCAAAAGGAAUAAUUAAGUAAAUCCCUUUUGAAUUUAGAAAUUAAAGCUUUUAAGGAAACCAGCUGCAUUUAAAAAAUGCCAAUGAAUGUUUUAUAUGUGCAUAAAAUGCAGCUUUGUGAAAGGCAAUCUGGAGAUGGAAAUGCUACAACUAAACCUUAGUGGUGCUAAUUCUUAAUAUGCUCCUUAAUAUAGGUAAAAUGGAUCCAUUGGUCUUAUGCAUAAUAGCACCUGCUACUUCUACUUAUUCAGCUCAUCACCAGUAACCAAGUCAACAUGGAAUUGAUGUCAACUUGUGGCAAUCAAUAUCAAAAACCCAUGAGAACAAAAAGUUAUUGAUGCAGUUUUUGGUCAUAUACACGACUGAGGCAAAAAAUAUUUUUGUGCAACAGUUGGUAUCACCAAAUCUCUUUCAGCCAUUUCCCCAUCAUUUGAUGUCUCAAUCUUCAUUGCUGUGCAGCUACAAAAUGGAGAAGGAAACUAAUAUUGAUAUUGCAGAUCUGUUUCGGGUUGUGAAGUUGCUGGUGCAGUGGACCUGAAUUAAUGUUGGAUGUAAUCCCAGCAGUUAAUUGGAGCAGUGUUAUGUUGUCUAGUGUACACUGUAGAAUUUGCAUUGGGCUGGCAGACAGAUGUAUGUCGUGAUGGGGUGGGGGUGGAGUACCUGUAAUAUCUGUGCCUCCAAUCUACAAAUCAGGAUAUAUGCUGCCACCACAUCGUGCCCUGCCCCCCACCACCCCAGCAAUCCUUAUACAGGAAGCCAGUGGUAGAAUUUAAAAAAUAAUUUUGCUUCUCUGGUCUGGGAACUCCCUUCCACUUGGGGGCCUUUGGAAAGUGGGCUCCCACAUCUCACUGACUGUUUGGCUUCCAGGUAUAUGUCAAACUCUAUAUAAGGGACCAGGAACAUUUCAGUUUAAGGAGACCCAGACCCCAUGUUCUCAGCUGUCAUUGGCCUUUUGAGGAGUGGAGACUCCAUCAUUGACGAGGUCAAGCAGAGAAUCGAAGCAAAUGUUGGUAUUUAUUUUGUUCUUUCUGUUUGUUGCAAUGUACUGCAAUUGCUCAACUACCAUUAAAGUUAUUUACAUUUGGGCACCUGCUUUACAAUAUAAAGCUCCACACUAAAUAGUUGGUUAUUGAAAAUUCUUGGUAACUUGCAUACCUGAACUUGUGGUUACACAGGCUGACAGGUCCUUGGGUACUGCACUCAGAUGAUCAACCUUCAUGUGUGCAUCCAAGUCAUGAUCAUCAGCUGGAUGUUCCUCCUUACCAUAGUUGCAGUGGGGGGUAUUGAAGCCCAAGCUUGAUUCUAUUCUUACCUAGUUAUGCCUAUGUGAAUGUUUGCACUGGGAUCACUGGAUAUCCAUCAAGACUGGCACAUUUUCAAGAGUCAUUGAUACCAACUCUUGCUUCCGGUUAGAUAAGGUAACUAAAAAAUCAGUUUUCCGUGGCUGAAAUCCUUGGUGGGGCAGGAGUUCCAUGUAAGUUUAAUUGUGGCAAUUUUCCAAGGUUCUUUUCACAUCUUAUGUGGGCUAUCCAGCCUCUGGAGAUACUGGAGGAAUUAUGAAAAUUUACUGCUACAAUUGAACAUAUUUUAAAAAAAUAUACUGUAAGCGUUAUAAUUGAUCAACUAUACUUGCUGCACUAUGCAUAGCAAAACUAGGAACAUACACACGUCGCUAGCACCCAGCACUAAGACACAAAUGACAAAAUAUGUAAGAUAAGUUAUCUAUCACUUGCAUAUUAUAAUAAACCAGCAAACAACCAUAUGGCAAUCUCACAUCCAUCACUUUUGACAGAAAACCCAGAAGUGACCAGGAAGACUUGGGAGCUAUCAGUGCCUCAUGAAGAAUCUCUUAUUCAAGUUACAACAGGGAAGCUAGUGCAACUCAAAGUGAAAAAUUUAAACUCAGGAGUAUGACAUAGGACCUUCUGAUCUGUAUAACAAUGUGUAACACCAGCUGGUUGCUUUAUCCACAGGGCUAGUAGUGAGAAUUCAGAAAAGCAUUUUUAAACUCCAGACUUUGUUGUUGCUCAUAGACGCAAUGAUUUAUGCCUAAAUUAAUUGGUUAAGGUGGUAGCUUAAGGUUCAUUGUGUCUGCUCAGCAAAGCAGACCACUCCCCUUAAGGAAUAAAAUUCAACCAGCUCUUUGGAGAUUUAGGUAUUGAGCUACAGCCAAUGAGAGAGCUGGAAACCUUUCUCUGGAGAAAUGCUUCUCCAUGCCAUACCAUAAUCUACACUUAAUGCUUUGCAUAUCCCUGAAAUUCUCAGGACAAAGUCAGCUUGAAAUUCUAUAACUAAAAUAACUAGAUUAAUAAAUUAUCCCAUGGCUAUUACAUAACCUUGGACUAAUUUCAGCCUUUCCUCGCUUUCCUAUUGUGAAAAUCUGUUGCCAAAUUGCCUGAAUUCAGUAUUCAGUCUGGUUUGCACCAAAAUCAGGAAUUGAUUUUAAAUUCCAAGGAGCUAGAAGCAGGGAGUACCUCAGUGACAAACUGAUUUUAUAUUUGGGUAUGAAAAUGUUUCACAUUUUAAAUCAAAGCCUGAGUUUGGGGAAUUUCCAAUGUGAUGUUGAAACAUCUCUGAAUAAAGGUAACAAAGUCAGCCUUCUGGGUUUUUGCUGUUCACUUAAGUCAAUUUUGCACAAGCUGAAGCAGACAAGUGGAGCAGACAAAUACAUUUAUUAAAUGCACAUUCAUUCUUUAUUUUGGAGUUGUUAUUUCAAUCCAGUCAAUUAGCCCUCAUUCUAACUCUGGGUUAGCUAGACUGUCAGAUGUAAAGCAAGCCAAGUACAGGAUGGGAAGCAAAGAUCAGACUGCAGUUAGGUGGGAAUAUGCAACUACAGCCUGCUAAAUCAACCACUUUCCAAAUUGCUGCAUAGCUUGCACUCUAUUUUGAAAUAAUGUGUACAGAUUGUUGCUAAUAUUAAUUAUCCUAUCAAUAUGAAAACAAUUUCAUAAUGCUCCUAAAUGCAACAAAAGAUGAACUAUGAAUGUUUUCUCUCAAUGGAGGUAUCUGUCUAUUCCCUUGGCCCUUAUUGUAUUUUCUUCUAUAUAAACAAUGUGAGGCAUUUACUUGGUGCUAUGUACACAAUGAACAGCUUAGUAAACUAUAAAUAAAAUUAUUUUAUUCUUUAAUGGACAUUGACGGCAAGGUCAGCAUUUGCUACCAACCCUAAUUGCCCUGAAGAAGGUGGUGAUGUACUGCCUUCAUUGCAGUGCUUUCAAAAAUCUGUACUACCUUUCUAUUGGUCAUGUGGUAGUGUAAUCACACAAUCUAACAUCCUAAUGGAUUGUACUAACCAUGUGAUGACAUCGUUUAUGUCUUGUUAAUAAAGUCAAACAGGCCUUUGUAAUAAAAUAGUUUUGUUAUAUCUGUAAAGCUACUGUUCAAAUAGUUUAAUAUAUAUGUGCAAAGAAAUACAUGUCUGGCAAAGCAGCAAUCAAAUGCUGUGUAUUGUACAUAAUUUCAUAAACUAUUAUUAAAUUCCACUGUUAGCUUCUAAA